AUUUGAGUCUCCUAAAUCUCACCUAGAGCUGUGUUGAAUUCUCAUCCAUCACAAUGAGCAACAAAUUCCUGGGGACCUGGAAACUUGUCUCCAGUGAGCACUUCGAUGAUUACAUGAAAGCUCUGGGUGUGGGGUUAGCCACCAGGAAACUGGGAAAUUUGGCCAAACCCCGUGUGAUCAUCAGCAAGAAAGGAGAUAUUAUAACUAUAAGAACUGAAAGUACGUUUAAAAAUACGGAGAUCUCCUUUAAGUUAGGUCAGGAAUUUGAAGAAACCACAGCUGACAACAGGAAAACAAAGAGCAUUGUAACCUUGUCAAGAGGCUCAUUGAAUCAAGUGCAGAAAUGGGAUGGCAAGGAGACGACUAUAAAAAGAAAGUUGGUGGAUGGGAAAAUGGUAGUGGAAUGUAAAAUGAAGGGCGUGGUCUGCACCAGAAUUUAUGAGAAGGUCUGAGAAAAUUACUUCCUCAUUGAAGUGAUAUUUGAUCAUUUGAUGUUGGAAAUCAACGGUUUUUGUUGGCAAAGCCCGACUACUCUGCAAUUUAUCUGUUUGUUUUUGCUUUUGUCCUAAUAGAUCAAAUAGGUAAAGGCCUAAACUGAGGAUUAAUCUAAAAUUCAAUGUUGUUUAAACAUUUUCAAUUUGUAUGCAUUUCCUUACUCUAUUAAAGUAUGUAUAUUGGCCAGACCUAAAUAGUUGGUAAUGUCAUUUAGUUACCUGUGAAAUUCUAACCUAUGUUGUACUUUGUAUAUCGAAAUGAUAGUAAAGCAAGUAACUAGAUAGUAAAAGGAAGUAAAUGUAUUGAU